GCAAAGCAUGAAAAGAAGUCUCUACGAGUUGUUGGAGGGGAGUUGAGUACAAUGUUCAAAGAGAAAGAAAGAGGAAAGAAGAAUCCGUCAGUAGCAGCUUUGAGCGCAGUUCCUUCACAUCUUUCCAUUGCCAUCCCCUCAAUAGCACUUGAGAACUUGGUGAAAGAACAGCUAUGUGAGACAACCACGACGUCCACGACGACACGACGACGAAGAAGAAGAAAUGAUCAUCAGGCCAGCCAACAAAUCGUGUGGAUUGAACAACUUGAUCAGUGUGCAUUUGGUUCAAGUGCUCGUUCGUAUUGACUAGGUUUUAUGCAAAGCCUUCUAAAGUGAAAGAGGCCUUGCCAAUAAGGCACAGUUGGUGAACAUAUGUUGCCCAAGUGGUCUAUGGACACUUUUUCAUUCACCACCACCGUCAAUCAGGUGUUGUGGCGUUGAUGAAUUGGACGGCUCCAAGUCCUCAAUAUCAGUCAAAUAUUAUGUGAAGAAAAUCCCCAUCGCUUUCCAAUAUCUCUCUUCCCGUUGUGAAAUCGUUGGACAAUUAGUGGUUGCGAUCCGCAACUCGUGUAGACAUAUCCAGGAAUCCCUGAAAGGAAGUGUGAUAAAAAGUUUGGAAAUCUUGAGUAGAAGUCGAGCACUUCGAAGGUUCUCAAUUUGAUUCUCAUCAUUAAGUGCAUCUCAAGUGGACAGGAUGGCUGGGUAAGACACAAAUUGCGAGCUCUGCUUUGAAUGCAUUGAAGCCAGGCCGAAGUUUGUCCCAAUUCUCAAUCAUUGAAGGACAUCUGGGCAAAAAAACGGCCCACCACUCCUGCUUAAUUGAAUCGCUUUGCACUUGCCAAAUUUCUCGUCCGUACUCCCAGGCCCUCGUAGUACUGCAACAAUUCCGUAGUAUACAUACUCCAUAUAGCUAACCGUCUACCCUCUGCCACACAAACCGACCGACAAACAAACACACUCUCCAUCUGGCCAUGAGUGAGUGUACUGCUCCAGUGUAGAGAAGUCCGCACAACAACUUUCCAAACACAGGAGGAGGGGUAGAGAACGGUACCCCCCGGCCAGUUUUCUUCCUUCGUCUCAUCAGGAUUGGCCAGAGCAUCAUCAUAUCUCACUCAUAUGCACUAUACACCUCAGUACCGAAAUAUAUAAACGCUGUCCCCCUUCCACCCCCACUCCUUAUCCCACUACGAGCGAUAGUUUUCUAGAGCAACUUUCAUGUGCGCGAGGUCGUCAGAGGCUGCAAGAUCAUCCUGGAGUGUGGAUGCUAUUAAGGGAUCAUCAUGGUGACCAGACGUCCUCAUAAGAGCUCCUCUCGGGGCAGUGCUGUCUUCAACACCAUUCAGGAUCGUGGUAGACCCGUGUCGGUGGUAUUCAACAAAUGUGUCAGAAGAGUCAUGAAUUCGAAAUUGUCGGCUUCUAAGCCCUCAUUGCGAAAAUCAUCUUUGGCUCUGCACAGAAUGAAUUCCAGGCCUGUCAUCCACGAUGGGUUUGAUGACCUCAAGAACUAUAUCAAACAGGGGAGUGAGUUCACCAAGGAUCUGGUUCAGACCUUGAAUGAACGGGCUGAAUUGGAAGUGGCUUACUCCAAGGGUCUGGCCAAGCUCUCCGGGAAGUUGUUCAAAUCCGCCAAAGAGCUGAACGGCACGGUGUCCAAUGCUUGGCAUUUCAUUGCCGAGGACAUGGAGGCCACCUCUGAUACUCAUAAAACCAUAUCAAACAUACUCAUCGAAGACCUCGUCAAACCUUUGAAGAUCUUCGUAGAAUCCCAGCAUCGCUCCAGAAAGUCGAUCGAGUCCAUGGUGGAAAAACGAAGCAAGACCCUCCAGGAUUGGAGAGGCACCGAGAUCAAAAGCAAGUCCAAGUGCUACGCCAGUUGCAGAGAGAACGAAAAAGUUCAAGAUCAAGUGCUGGAUUGCAAGCUCGGUCGGGGCAAAGUCCUCUCUGAGAAAGAGUUGUUCAAGCUAGAAUCAAAACGCAAGAAGAGUGAAUCCACCGUUCGCAAGAGUGAUUUGGACUACUACACUUCAUGCUUAAAGUCCGAGAGAGCAAGACUAGAAAUGGAGUCCUCACUCCUUCGAGGAUGUUCAAUUUUCCGACGCAUGGAAGAAGAACGUUUGGAACAAUUGAAACAUCUGGCAGAACAAUAUCACCAAAUAAUGGCCGACAACCGUCCCAAAUUAGUGGCCUCGUCUCAAAGACUUCAAGAACCUAUUCAACAGUGCAAUGUACCGAGAGAUAUGGCCGAUGUAGAGAAGAAGGUCAAUAUAGAUUCCGAUUCCAUGGGCGAUCAAGUGUUGCCAAGUUUCUAUGCCGAAGAUCAAACCAAUGCCAUGAAUCAAGAGCGCAGGCGAGAUGCCUUGGCCAAACUCCUGCGCGUGAUCAAAUCUGACAUAGAGCGCGAGAAGAAGGGUAAAGCUGGGGUCGAAAACUUGGCCAAGGCCCUCCAAGAAACCCCAAAGUUCGGGUCUGAAGAUAGCCAGCAAGAUGUCCAGGAUAAAUUAUUACACAUGAGGUCAAUGCUGACCUUUUUGGAAGCCUGCAGGUACAAAGUCCUCAACGCACUUCUGAGCAUGGAAGGGCGACCGGGUGUGACCCAUCCAUUAAGUUCCUACAUUGAAAAUGGCAAAGACAAAUCGGGCAUGGCUAAAACCACUUUGAGAAUACCUUACUGGCAACGACAAGAGUCACAGCCAGCCUUAGAAGACUACUCGGAGUCUAACUCGCCUGUUCCACUCGAUUCCUAUGACAGAGGCACGGCAGACGGAGGGUUUACUGACCUUGGAUCAGAUGGGUUCUCAAAUGCCGCCUCUGAUGGACCAGGCGUCCCAUCUGCAUUUCGGGGCCUCGCUGAUGGCGCGGGUGAAGGUAGUGGUAGCAAUAAUGACGACAUCGACAGUGACUUCGACGACUUUAGUGAUGGUGAUGAACAUGUGAACAUUAUAGCUGUCGUGAAUGGAACCGACCAUACUGAUGCCCCACAUUUAUCUAGUGCCCAUACCAACAGUACUGGCAACGACAGCGAAGAAUCAAAUUACCACGCCACACCUCAUUUGGUCAGUCAGGAAAAGGAGAUUGGCGAGAUUUAUUACCAACAAAGGCAGAUGGUGUCAAUGGGGCAAUGUCGCGCCAUCUACGAUUAUGUGGCUAAUCUUUACGAUGAGCUCACCAUAAAAGUGGGCAACGUGAUCAAUGUUCACGAUAAGCAAGCGGAUGGGUGGUGGCUUGGGGAGCUCGACGGGUCGAUUGGAAUCUUUCCGGCCACCUAUGUCGAGGAGAUCGAAAGCAAUUCCAGCACAUAGCAUAGUUAUUCACGCAAACGAAAUAUAAUAUAAAAGUAACAAAUAAGCG